AUGGGGGUCGACUACUACAAGGUCCUCGGCGUCGACCGCGGCGCCAGCGACGACGACCUCAAGAAGGCCUACCGCAAGCUCGCCAUGCGGUGGCACCCAGACAAGAACCCCACCACCAAGAAGGAGGCGGAGGCCAAGUUCAAGCAGAUCUCCGAGGCGUACGAGGUCCUUAGCGACUUCCAGAAACGCACAAUAUAUGACCAGCUAGGGGAAGAAGGGCUCAAGGGACAGCCGCCUCCAGGGGCAGGAGGUCCUGGUGCAUCUUCUUUCUACCCUGGUGGUGGCCAGUCAACCUCAUUUCACUUCAAUCCGAGGAGUGCGGAUGAUAUAUUUGCUGAGUUUUUUGGAUUUUCUGGGCCUUCCUUCCUGGGUGGCAUGCCGGGUGGCAGCAUGAGAGGGGAACCAAGAUCUUAUGGUGGGGGCGUGUUUAGCAACGAGUAUCUCGCUAAGCGAUUUGCAGAGGGUUCUGCCGGCAAUAUGCCGCGCCCAUCACACAAACCAGCACCCAUUGAGAAUCAGCUUUCAGUGACCCUUGCGGAUUUGUAUAAGGGUGUGGCCAAAAAGAUGAAAAUCUCAAGAGAGGUCAUAGAGACCAGUGGGAGAGUUUCACAGGUAGAAGAAAUUCUGACGAUAGAUGUGAAGCCCGGUUGGAAGAAGGGGACAAAGAUCACCUUCCCUGAAAAGGGAAAUGAAUCUCCAAGCAUGAUGCCUGCUGAUAUUGUCUUCAUCAUUGAAGAGAAGCCCCAUGAUGUUUUCACCAGGGAAGGAAACGAUCUUGUCAUGACACAGAAGAUCUCCUUGGUGGAAGCAUUGACUGGCUAUACCGUGCAACUCACAACGCUCGACGGGCGGAGCUUGUCUAGACAAGUUAACUCGGUAAUCCACCCUAGCUAUGAAGAGGUGAUCCCUGGAGAGGGGAUGCCAAUACCCAAGGAGCCCUGUAAGAAGGGAAAUCUGCGCGUUAAGUUCAGCAUCAAGUUCCCUUCCAGGCUGACAUCUGACCAGAAAGCUGGGAUCAAAAGGCUGUUGGGUUCUUAG